AUGGCCCGAUCCGACGAUCUCACGUACCGCCGCAUCCAAGACGCCGUCCUCAAGGGUCGCGUUCCCCCCUCCGCCGACCUUGGCGAGUACUGCCGAAGUGGGGAGAUCCAAUCGAGGCACCAACGUUGCUGGAGGCAUACAAGAAGAACGACAUCGCCAUGCAAGCCCUCGACCGCUACCGUGACGCUCGUGACAAAGUCCGUGACCGCGAGACGAGAGCCAGCUCCCGAGGCACGAAGAACGAGCGUUAGGAGGAGGAUCCGCCGAAGGUGGCCAAGCGCCGACCAGGACGUCCAGCAAAACAAGUCAAGAUCGACAAAGAUCACAUUCCCAAAGAACGCCAAAGCGACGCCGACCAAAGGCAAGGCCAAGGCUAAGGCAAAUGAAGUUGACGCCAAAUCGGAUACGCCAGCCACACAAACAGUACAAUUGACGGUCACUGAACUCGGUGCCUACUGCGAAGAGGCGUACCGCGCCGGACGACACACCCUACUACUCGCAAACAACCUCCUUGUCGAUCUCCGCCAAUUAAUGAACAUUAUCGAGGACAUGAAGGCUCCUACGUCGCGCUGGUCAGAGCAAGGACGGGAUACGGUUAUCCAACGUAUCAACGCCGCUCGUUACCCGAACCACCUAAUGAAUGCCGAGGCGUACUAGAAGGUCAUGAGGAGAGUUGGUGGUUGUGAAGGGAAAGAAGCCACGAGCCCGACAUCUUCACCCCGCGCUAGCGCUUCGCUUAAAGCUAAGCUAACGGCAGAGAUUUUCUCAGAGAGGGUCACGUGCAGAAAGCAAUGGCUCAAGUAGUCAGGACAGGAUAUAGAAAUGGAUCCAUAUUACUGUGGAAGUUAGAAUAGUGGUCACUGUGUGAGGUGGAGUGUACUUAGAAAAAAUACCAAAAAAGCACGAUCUUCAAUACACGUG